AUGCCACCCCUUGAUUCGUUAUUCCUUCAGGAUUUUCUAGCGGCGAUUUUUCUCUUCUUUAUCACACGUUAUUUCGUCCGUUCACUUGUCAGAAAAAGGAAACGAAAACUUCCUCCGGGUCCGAAAGGGUGGCCGGUUGUUGGCGCGCUUCCGCUCUUAGGUUCCAUGCCGCAUGUCACACUCGCUCAAUUAGCCAAAAAAUAUGGACCUGUAAUGUACCUCAAAAUGGGCACGUGCAACAUGGUGGUCGCAUCAACCCCGGACGCUGCUCGAGCUUUCCUUAAGACCCUUGACUUGAACUUCUCAAAUCGACCACCUAAUGCUGGUGCCACCCACUUAGCUUAUAACUCCCAAGACAUGGUGUUCGCGGACUAUGGUCCCAGGUGGAAAUUGCUUCGUAAACUAAGUAAUCUCCACAUGCUUGGUGGUAAAGCCCUUGAGGAUUGGUCACAAAUUCGGGCUCUUGAGUUAGGCCAUAUGGUUCGAGUCAUGUAUGAGUCUAGCCAAAAGAGGGAGGCGGUCGUGGUUCCUGAGAUGUUAACGUAUGCAAUGGCCAACAUGAUAGGGCAAGUGAUACUAGGUCGUCGAGUUUUUGAGACGAAAGGGUCGGAGUCGAAUGAGUUCAAGGACAUGGUGGUGGAGCUGAUGACAUCUGCUGGAAUCUUCAAUAUUGGUGACUUUAUACCUUCCAUUGCAUGGAUGGAUCUGCAGGGGAUUGAAGGUAAGAUGAUGAAAUUACAUAAAAGAUGGGACGCUUUGCUGACAAAGAUGAUGGAAGAGCAUGCGGAAACAGCUCAUAACCGUAAGGGAAAACCUGAUUUUCUUGAUAUACUUAUGGAUAACACGGGCAACCCUGAUGGGGAAGAACUUAGUUUGGUCAAUGUCAAAGCUCUUCUUUUGAAUCUAUUCACAGCUGGGACAGACACAUCAUCAAGCAUAAUCGAAUGGGCAUUAGCUGAAAUGAUGAAGAACCCUGAAGUAUUGAAGAAAGCUCACGAAGAGAUGGACGAAGUGGUGGGUAGAAACCGAAUGCUUGAAGAAUCUGACAUACCAAAACUUACCUAUUUACGAGCCAUUUGCAAAGAAACAUUUCGAAAACAUCCAUCUACUCCCUUGAACUUGCCUCGAGUUUCAAUACAAGCUUGUGAGGUAAAUGGCUAUUACAUCCCCAAGGACACACGACUCAGUGUCAACAUUUGGGCCAUUGGUCGAGACCCCGAUGUAUGGGAAAACCCGAUGGAUUUCAACCCUGAAAGGUUCUUGAGUGGUAAAAACGCCAAAAUUGAACCACGAGGGAACGAUUUUGAGCUGAUUCCAUUUGGUGCUGGGCGAAGAAUCUGUGCGGGAGCCAGGAUGGGGAUCGUGCUAGUUGAGUACAUUUUAGGCACGUUGGUCCACUCUUUCGACUGGAUGGUUCCUCCAGAAACUGGGGAAUUAAACAUGGACGAGGCCUUUGGCCUUGCUUUGCAGAAGGCUGUGCCUCUUUCUGCCUUGCUUCGCCGACGGCUCGAGCCAUCUGCUUAUGUUUCCUAAGCCUACUCCUACAAGAUCCAUGCUCCUUUGUCUUACU